CUGACGUGUAGCUAGGGAAACAGAGGAAGUGAAUGGCUGUUUGACUAAUGUUGUAAGUAAUUCAGUGUGCGAAAGCAGUGGCAUGUACACUGAAAACAGGAAUAAGUGCGGCGAGAGACUAAAGUGCGUCUUCAUACACACACAGAGUCCAGAGAUCAGAAAUAAAUCAUGGGUAAACGAAGAGCACCGGAGCUGUACAGAGCACCCUUCCCACUGUAUACUGUUAAAAUCCAUCCCAAGACUGGGAUGAUCAUAACUGCUGGAGGAGGCGGAGCGUCAAAAACUGGGAUCAAAAAUGGAGUGCAUUUCUUGAGUUUAGAGCUGGUGGGUGGUAAAUACAGCGCCACGCUGCUGCACACUCAUGACACGGACACACGGGCCACCAUGAGCAUGACACUGAGUGGUGAUGUGAUCGCCGCAGGGCAAGAUGGCAACUGUACCUUGAUGAAGUUCAGUCAAUGUGCACCCAAACAAACAAAGAAGACGGCAGCUAGAGAUGGGACUGGAGAUAAGGGUGCAGCCAGGAGGAGAGGUGGGAAAGGCCAGAAUGGAGGUGGAGGAGAUGUACCCCAGAUGAAGGAGGAGUCUCCUCAAAUCUCAGUGGAGAAUGUUGGUGUGGUGCAGGCAGAUCAGAGCCCUCAAGACCCCUGUGUGAAAUGUGUGCGCUUCAGCUCUGACCUGACACUUCUGCUGUGCGGAGGGGCUGACGGUUACAUCAGAGUUUGGGAGUUUCCCUCUUUAAAGGAGAAGUUGAACUUCAAAGCCCACAACGAUGAACUAGAGGACAUUGACAUCAGCCCUGAUAAAAAGCACAUCGUAACAGUGGGUCGUAAUUUCGAGUGCAGCGUGUGGAGCGGCGAUCAGCUGGCUAUGGGUUUGUGCUGGUAUGAAAACAUGCCCCAAAUCGCAGAGAAAUCGUAUCGCUACAAGUCAUGCAGAUUUGCAAAGGUAGAGGACCAAAAGGACGUCUUAAGACUGUACACGGUCCAGAUCCCACACAAACGAGACCGCAAACCCCCACAGUGCUAUAUCACCAAAUGGGACGGACGAUCUUUCCUGCCGCUACUCACUAAGCCGUGUGGAAAUGAGGUCACAUCCUGUCUUGCUGUGAGUGACUCAGGAACAUUUCUUGGUCUUGGAACUGUGACUGGAUCUGUAGCCAUUUAUAUAGCGUUUUCCUUACAGAAAUUGUACUACAUCCAGGAAUCUCAUGGCAUUGUCGUCACAGACCUAUCAUUUUUUCCUGAUGCUUCAAAAAGUAAAGCCAUAAAGGGUGACAAUGAAGUGGCCAUGUUGAGUGUUGCUGUGGACAGUCGCUGUCAGAUACAUGCUGUGCCUAACCGAAGAUCAUUCCCAUUAUGGCUGGUGCUGUUCUUCUGUGGUCUGAUGGUGGUUGGUGUGAUUCUGCUCCUGCAGUCUCUGUUCCCAGGAUUCAUUUAGUGUAGAGGAUGACAGAACAGGACGGCCUUUUCUCACCAUCACAUGUGUGCUAAAAUGACUUGGAUAAACAAACUUGGAUCUAUGAAAUGUGUCAGAAUCAGUCAGAAUUAAGGUUAUAAAUGACUGUAUUUAGCAGCAGGUUUAACUGAAGUAUGAUUUCUAGAGCAGCAAUUGGAGCUCUGUAUGAAGAGUGCGCAUGUGUGUGUGACCGGAAAAUGGAUUGUGAAUCCUGAAAAGGUGUUAAUUGGAAAACUGGACGCAGAAAUGGAUUUCCUCAUGUAACAUUUAGAUGUUCUCAAGGACUUUUAUUUGCUCCACCAGCAUGUCAACAGUAUCCUUUUAUUGUAAUGGAGGGAAAUAUAUAUAUACAUGGAAGUUCAACUGUGGAUUAUUUUAAAUAUUUAAAACAUGUAAAAAAUAUAAAGUUACAUCUAACAAAA